AUGAUCAUCUAUAACUACUUUUUCCACCCCCUGGCACGAGUCCCUGGACCUUGCACUGGAGCGAUUUUCCCGUUCUGGUCGAUGAGCAGCUUGUACCGCCGGAGGUUGAACCCCGAUCUGGCAGAACUACAUAAAAAAUAUGGUCAGAUACUCUCCCUUCUCUCGGGCUACGGCGGCCUGCUGAUGUGCCCGAGGAAUACAGGCCCUAUUGUUCGAGUUGGCCCCAAUCAACUGUCAUUCGCAACCGUCGAAGCUCAGAAGAUGAUCUACAAUGCCAAGCCAACCCAUACCGGCUCCGAUGAAUUAUUUGGUAGAGACGGAACCCUUCAGGAUGUGCUGCUCUCAAUGAUACUAGGAGCAGCCAACAUCGGUUCACUCUCGAACCGAGCUGAGCAUAAGAAGAUGCGCAAGCGUCUACAGCCUGGUUUUACGUCCAAGGCGCUUUUCGAACAGGAAUCCCUGCUGCGCAUGCACAUGGACCGCCUCUUGCAGGGACUUGCGCAAGAUACGGGUGUGAUCGAUUUGACUGAAUAUUUCUCGAGGUUCCUCUGGGACCUCAUUGGUGAUCUUUCAUUCGGAGAACCUCUUGUUCCAGAGAAGCACGGCCGUCGCACAGACACGCUGCGGUCGCUGGUUGGGGUAUACCAAGGGUGUUUUCCCAUCCUGGAAGCUAUCAAUUAUGCCGUUCCGCAAAUCGAAGGAGUUCUCAAGCUGGCUUUGCAGCUGGUACCCCCAGCUACUCUGCGCGCGGUUUUGCCCUCUGCCACAUUCAGGGAGUAUGACCAUCCUGCUAUCAAUUCUCACACAACACCACUCCAGUGUUGCAUUAACCGACAGGAUGGCCGAUCAGAUUUUCUCACGCAUAUCAUGGGCGACAAAAGCAGCAACCCCACAGAACUAGAGUUAAGCUAUGACGAAUUGCAUAGUAACGCGACCGUCCUUAUGAUCGCCGGCUACAAGACGACCGAGACAUCCCUCUCGGCGCUGUUCUACCGACUCCUGUCGACUCCAGGAGUGCUUGAGAAACUCCAAACGGAGCUUUUCAGCAACUUUCAGAGCAUUGACGAGAUCACGGGGAAGAAACUGCUCUCGCUGCCCUACCUGAACGGGUGUGUCAACGAGUCGCUCCGGCUAACGCCCGCAGUGGCGGGCAAGUUCGCGUCCCGUCGGUCUCCGGGAGCAAUCAUCGAAGGCUUCUAUGUCCCUAGCGGGACGGAAGUGUAUACGGAGACGUACACCAUGCAGCGGAGUCCCCAGUACUGGCACGCCCCGGACGAGUACCGUCCGGAGCGCUGGUUCGAACGGGGCGAGGGCAGUCCCUAUGCCCAGGAUGUGCACGAGGCGUUCAAGCCAUUUAGCUCGGGCCCUCGAGCAUGCCUUGGAAGGGAAAUGGCCCUCCAGACUCUCCGGUUGACCGCAGCUUUGCUGGUAUACCGCUUUCAUUUGAAGAUAGUCAACGAGGACCGGUUUGUAUGGGAGCAGGAUACUGACUCCAGAAUGAUAUACUCUAAAUAUCACAUAAAAGCCAUUGUGCAAGAGCGCCUGACUUAG